UAUACAAUAAAAGUAUAAUAUUAUUAUUUACUAAGGGUCAUGGCAGGGCCUGGCGUUGUGUGGGAGUUGAGCGGGAGCGGGAGCGGGAGCGUGAGCUGGGACCGACCGACCGACCAUUCCCCAUUGCAUUCCAUUCCCUCCCUUCUUUUUUAUUUCUAUUUCUAUCUCAAAUUCUCCUUCUCCUCCUCCAUUGUUUGCACCACCAGCAACCCUUUCCAUAAUAUUUCUGACUACUCUGUCGUUUCUUUGUCGCCUGCUCAUUUUACACCCUAUUCAUCACUAAUCUUUUCGUCAUCGUGAUUCACUUGAUCGUUGAAAUGAAAUUCUGGUAUCCCUCGAUAUCUAUUCGAUUCUGAAUUUCUCGGCACAGACAACCAAUUCAUCUAAUGUUGUAUUCGCGCAUCUGAAUGGACCUGAUGGAAUCUGAGGACCAUUCUGAUGUUAAUGAACCUGUAACAGCCAAUAGAAAUGGCAUCUUAAAACAAGGUGACUCAUCAUCAGAUGGAACCACUACUGAUCUGAAAUUGAGUCAUGAAACUAAAGCAGCAGGCGAGACAUCAAGGAAAUUACCAAAUGUUUUAUAUGUUUAUAGAGAAGAUAUUGUGAGAAGCAAUACCAACUCUAAGAUUGGAAUUGUGACUCAAGUUGCUGGUGAUUCAGAUUCUAAUAGCAGCAUUACCGAUGAUGAAGAUGAAGGUGGAGACAAGAAUGACAAAAAUGAUCAGCUUGAUUCUAAAGAAGAUGAUGUGGAAGAUGAAGGAACCACUGAUAAAAUUGCUUCUGAGAGUAUUGACGGAAAUGAUUCUAAGAACUUCCGCAUUGCUGCUGACCAAGUUAGAGUUCUUUGGAUGGAUGAAUCGGUUACAACAGAAAACACCAAGGAUGUGACCAUUGUUGAUAGAGGAUUAUUACAUGGAGAUUGUGUUGCUUCUGCUUCUGAUCCAAUGGGCCAAAUAGGUAUUGUUGUCGAUGUUAACAUUUUAGUUGAUCUGUUAAUGCAUGACGGAUCUGUUUUGGAAGAUGUAUCAACUAGAGACUUGAAAAGAAUUAGGGAUUUCACAAUAGGAGAUCAUGUUGUCCUUGGGCCAUGGUUGGGUAGAAUAGAAGAUAUUUGUGAUAAUGUCAAUGUUCUUUUUGAUGAUGGUUCGGCCUGCAAAGUUUUCCAAGCAGAUCCACUACGUCUCAAACCUGUUGGAAGAAACAUCCUUGAAGAUGGAAAUUUUCCAUACUAUCCAGGACAAUGUGUGAAGGCAAGCUCAUCAUCAGUUUUCAAGAAUUCUAGGUGGCUAUCUGGAUUAUGGAAAGCUAACCGGUUGGAAGGUACAGUUACUAAAGUUACAGUGGGAUCAUUGUUCAUUUAUUGGAUAGCUUCUGCUGGAUAUGGACCUGACUCUGCUACAACUCCAGCUGAAGAGCAGAGUCCUAAGAAUUUAAGGUUGCUAUCUUGUUUUGCUCAUACAAAUUGGAACUUAGGUGAUUGGUGCCUCAUUCCACCAUCAAUUUGCCCCUCAAUCAUUCCCUCCAACAGGGGAUCAUCCAAGUUGGAAUUUCAAUACUGUACUAAGAAUGAACCUGAAUCUACCAAAACAGCAGCUGAUGAAUCUGAUGUUGAAUUCACCCCUAUAGAGGAAUCAAUUGGACUUAGAAAAACGAUCCAUAGUGGUUCAGAGACAUCCUUGACAAAAAAUUGUGAAACCUCACAAUGUGAAAUUGCUGUAGAGUCUAGUUUAGGCAAAAUUUUAGCAUCAGACUCAAAGGGAUCAGGACAAGAAAUGUGGCCUCUUCAUCGUAAAAAGAUCCGUAAAGUUGUAGUUAGAAAGGACAAGAAAUCUCGAAAGAAACUAGAGAAUUUUGAAAAGGCACUCCUAAUUAUCAAUACAAAGACAAAAGUAGAUGUUGCAUGGCAGGAUGGAACUAUAAAUCGAGGUCUGGAAUCCACAUCCUUAAUUCCCAUUGAUACACCUGGCGACCAUGAAUUUGUUGCAGAACAGUAUGUUGUUGAGAAGGCUGCUGAUGACAGCGAUGAUGGUGCUGGUACCAGACGAAUUGGGGUUGUAAAAAGUGUUAAUGCAAAGGAAAAGACAGCUUGUGUCCAGUGGUUGAAGCCCAAUCCAAAGGCAGAAGAUGCAAGAGAAUUCGAUAAUGAGGAAGUUGUUAGUGUAUAUGAGCUGGAAGGGCAUCCUGACUAUGAUUAUUGUUAUGGAGAUGUAGUUGUUCGUCUUUCACCAGUUUCCUUACCAACAAAAAUGGAUUAUUGUGUUCACUCUAUUAAAGAUAGGCAGCUUGACAGUCCGGUUGAGUCCAAGCAUGACAGGACACAAGAUCAUGAGACUAAGAUUACAGAGAAUGCAUCUGCAAGCGAAACAUUUACUGAAUUUUCAGAUAUGUCCUGGGUUGGGCACAUCACUGGACUGAAAGAUGGUGGCAUAGAAGUGACAUGGGCUGACGGGAUGAUAUCCACGGUAGGCCCUCAAGCUAUAUAUGUUGUUGGUGGUCGCGAUGAUGAUGAGACAAUUGCAACUGGAAGUUAUGGCAGUGAUGAUACAGCUAGCUGGGAAACUGUUGAAGAUGACAAUGUAGAAACUGUCGAUAAUGCGAAUGAGGGCCACGAGGCAGUUGAUGAUACUGACAAGAGGCCUGAGAUUGAAGGUGCUAACAUGGCUGGAGAUAUUAGUGGAGAUAAUGGAGCUCUUUCGGUCCCCCUUCGUGCAAUUGGUUUUAUGACCAGACUGGCCUCUGGAAUUUUUUCCAUGGGACAAAAGCAAUCCGAUUCAUCAGAUAUAGCCACUAGGAGUGAAGAGAGUCCUCAGGCUGAUGAAGUCAUCACCACAGAUUAUGCGACUGUGUCCUGCUCUGAAAAAUCGACUGCUGGGCAUGAAAUUUCUAAGCCAACAACUGAGUCUGGACAAGAGGAAUGUAAUGUUACUGCAGCCACUGAUAUGUUAGGAAGUGCUGAAACUAGCAGUGACCUAGGGCCUUCAGAAUCUGAUGGUUCUCAAUGCAAUGAGUUCAAUUCAACAUUUAAAGGCUUUGAUAUUGUCCAAGAACCUUCUGACCACAACUUUCUUGGCACACCGGGAUGUAACAACACUUCCCGAAAGUGGCUUAAGAAAGUUCAACAAGAUUGGGAUAUUCUGCAAAAUAAUCUGCCUGAGGGGAUAUAUGUGCGUGUCUAUGAAGAUAGAAUGGAUCUCUUGAGAGCUGUUAUUGUUGGAGCUUAUGGAACACCUUACCAGGAUGGGCUUUUCUUCUUUGACUUUCUACUUCCAACUGAAUAUCCAGAUGUUCCCCCAUCAGCAUACUAUCAUUCUAGGGGGUGGCGAAUAAAUCCUAAUUUAUAUGAGGAAGGAAGAGUUUGUCUGAGUCUCCUGAAUACCUGGACAGGUAAAGGGAAUGAGGUGUGGGAUCCUUCAACCUCGAGCAUUCUUCAGGUGUUGGUUUCACUCCAGGGUCUAGUGUUAAAUUCCAAGCCAUACUUUAAUGAAGCUGGGUAUGAUAAACAAAUUGGGACGGCAGAAGGAGAGAAAAAUUCUUUGGCCUACAAUGAGAAUGCAUUUUUAUUGAACUGUAAGAUGAUGAUGUAUCUGAUGCGGAGGCGUCCAAAGCACUUUGAAGAGCUUGUCGUCAAGCAUUUCAGAAACCGUGGCUACUAUAUUCUCAAGGCGUGUGAUGCAUAUAUGAAAGGACACUUAAUUGGCUCCCUUACAAAGGAUGCUUCUAUUACCACCACUAAUGCUAGUGGAGACAUGAAUUCAGUUGGUUUCAAGCUCAUGCUGGGCAAAAUUAUACCUAAACUAUUCUCUGCUCUAAAUGAAGUUGGAGCUGACUGCCAGGAAUUCAAGCAUCUGAUCCAAUCGUAGCAGCAAUCAUGAGGACUAUCCUAUCCGGAGAGGAAUUUCGCUUCUUGGCUGGAAAGGUGUUAUCUGGAAUGCAACCCUCUGCAUUUGUAAUUGUAAGCUUCUGUAGUUGAGCUCUGAUGUGGCGGAGGAGGAGGGGAGGAGAUGGACUGGAUCUGCAUAAUCCUUAUGAAUUGUGCUUUUAAUUGGGAUUAAACUGCAGAUCCCCUCCUGGCUCACUGCUAAGUCCCAGAAGUCAUAAAAUAGCAUGUGGGAUGCUUCAUCACUCAUCAUAUCUUAUGAAUCAAAAUAUGGAUCUUUGGUUGAGAAUUGCAGUACAGAACCUUAUUUUCUUUCACUUGUAUAUGGGAUGCUUCUUGUAUUUUACUUUACAGCACAUUCAAACAAGGUAGCAACAGCUAGUAGUGAAGUUUUCUUCAAAUACCAUACAAUGAUGAUGAUAAUAAUAAUAAUAGUUAACUAGUCAAUAUCUUAUCUGCAGAUGAUGAGAAUUCAUAUGGCUUCUUGUUGGAGAAUCUGUUCUUUGCUCCAUGUUCUCAGCAGAUGGAGGCUCGGCUCCUCACCUCAGCUUGGUUCAGGAAUUUCAAUUCUCAGUAAUCUUCUUCUUCGCUGGCUUUCUCAUAUGGAGUAUCUAUCUAUGUGUCUAUUAUAUUCUUAUUUCCUACAGGAAAAAGGGUGGGUACGAGACGGAAGAAAUCUCUAAUACAUCAUAAAUGUAUUGAUUAUGUCACUGAAUCAAAUCGAUAAAGAUUCUGUUUUUCCCACGUGUCUAUUGUGAAUAUAAAUUCAGGAUAAUAUUUGCUGGAUUGGUUAUUGUGUUCUUUUCCUUUUAGUUUUCAGGCUAAUAAUAAUAGUCUGCUUAGUUUUAUUGAUAG